AUGCCGACCAGUGACUUCUUUCCGGGCAGUCCCGUCAGAUCUGACGAGGACUACGUCGAUAUUUCAGGCUCACCACUCUUGAUCUCGGGACAAUUGUCAGAAGGAACGCUGCGACCGAUUCAGCUGAGCACGCGCAUCUCGCAAGUGCGAGUUCCAGUCCCAACUCAGCCUUACGAAGCAUGGAUCACAGCCAUCGUAGUGAGAGAUGACUUUCAUCGAGCACUCGCAGCCUCUGGAAAAGAUGGUUCGGAGGAGGCAAGCAAGCCUGCAGCGGCCGACGAAGACGAAGACGAGGAUGAAGGGGCAGCGAAGCGGCGAUCAGACAAGCUCAAAGCGCAGCAGCUGGAAGCUCGAAUCGCUUUGGCAGCGCGCUUCCUCGGCUUCCUUGCAGCCAAGCUCAACGAAACGCAGCGGAGCGGCCGCAUUGCGUCUGCAGCUGAUCAGCGCAGGCACAGCGUGGCCUCGCGCGAGAGCAGUCGAAGCACCAGUCCCAGCCAAAAGCCUGGGGCAAUGACUCACGAGUCGAACAUUCUUCAAUGCGCAUGGGCGGCAUUCAACCAGCAAUUCUUGGUCAGGCAACUGACUGACCUGCACAAAGUCACCGCUACCUUCGAUUCUGAUUUGCGCACCGAGGUACUAAGGUCAUAUUACGAUGCUCUGGUCGUCUUGGAGCGAGCGGCUGGAUCGGGAGAAGGCGCGGUGCAGAAGCCUGCCCUUCAGACGCCCCUCUUGCUGAGCCUUGCAGCCAAGAAGCAAGCUGGCAUAUUUGCAAUCUUUGGUGGACAAGGAAACAAUGAAGUACGUCUCGCGGAUUCUCGAGGUUUCAUCGAUGCUGGAAAGCUGACUGGAUGCUGCUUUUGCGCAGGUCUACUUUGACGAACUUCAAGAGCUCUUCAACACAUACAGACCUUUGGUGGCGCCCCUGCUGCAGGCUGCAACAGAGCAACUUCAGGCUCUGAUUGAGGAGGCGACACUUAAUGGCUUCGAAAGCUACUACGUGCACCAAGCGGAUGUGUUCGGAUGGCUUACUGGUCGCACUGCGAAACCGCCCACGAGCUAUCUCGCCAGCAUUCCUUUGAGCUUGCCGUUGAUCGGUCUUACACAGCUCACUCAGUUCUUGGUGUCAUGCAGAGCCAGUGGUCUGAGCCCAGGACAGUUCCGCGACCGUGUGCUAGGCGCCACAGGCCACAGUCAAGGCAUCGUUGCUGCGCUCGUCCUGGCAACUUCAGAUGACGAGCCCUCUUUCAUUGAGAACUGUGUCAAGGCACUCGGCCUCUUGUUCCACAUUGGCAAGCGCGGACAGGAAAGCUUCCCUGCUUUGUCAUUGGACGCCGCCCUGGUCGCAGACUCCGUCGAAGGAGGGGAAGGAGAGCCGACGCCAAUGCUGUCUGUCCAAGGUCUCGCUAUUCGAGCGCUCGAGGGAGCGGUUGCAGCCGUCAACAAGCAUAUCCAGGAUGCAGCACACAGGAUCGACGUGUCUCUUUUCAACGGACCUUCGUCCUUUGUCGUGACUGGUCCGCCUCGUUCCCUCUUUGGCCUCGUAGGGCAUCUGCGCUCGAAGAGAGCCGAUCCAAACGUCGACCAAAGCAAGCUUCCAUGGAGCAAGCGCAAGCCUGUGUUCACUAUGCGCUUCUUGCCAGUGGGCGUGCCAUAUCACUCAUCACAUCUCCUCGGCGCUACAGAGAAGGUGGCGUCCAUCGACUACCAGGAAGCUUGCAUAUGGCGACCGAGAGACCUCAAGACGGUCGUGCGCAACACCUAUGAUGGAUCAGACAUGAGCUCUUACGCAGAAGACACUAGCCUCCUGCGAUCCAUCUGCGACCAAAUUUUCACCCAUCACAUCCAUUGGACCAAGGCCUGCGACGUUCCACCCUCCACUACGCACUGCGUCGACUUUGGCACGGGGGGUUUGUCAGGCAUUGGAGGUCUCACGUUGCGGAAUUUGGAGGGGCGUGGUGUUCGUGUGGUGACAGUCUCGGGCAGACAUAGGUACAGCCCUGAGCUGUACGACGUUGCUGCCGUGCAAAGAGAGAGACCGUGGAGCGAAUUCGCACCCAAGCUCGUAAAGACUCCCAAUGGCCUGCAACUCGACACCCCUCUCUCGCGCAUCCUCGGAAGGCCGCCGAUCACCGUCGGUGGUAUGACACCGACGACAGUGCAGGCAGGCAUCAAUGCUGCUACUGCACAAGCAGGGUACCAUAUCGAACUUGCUGGAGGUGUGAGUGUAACCUGCGUCAAAUACAUUCUUCGGCUCAACGCUCACUCUGCUUCCUCUUUCCCAAUCGUGUCCUCCUCCAGGGUCAUUACAACGCCAAAAUGCUGCGAGACAAGAUCGACACGCUUCAAGACCAGGUCGAUCCCGGAGUGGGGUUCACGCUCAAUUCUCUAUACAUCAAUCAGCGCCAAUUCAGCGUGCAGUAUCCAGAGUGGCUGGCUAUGCGAAGGGAAGGCUACCCCUUGCAGGGCUUCACAUGCGCUGCAGGCAUCCCCUCCCCAGAGAAGGCAAAAGAGAUGAUCGAAGGUUUGCAAGCGGCCGGCUUGCGUCACAUCACUUUCAAGCCCGGAUCUGUGGACGGUAUCAGGCAAGUCUGCACCAUCGCAGAGAAAAAUCCCACCUUUGGCAUCAUUCUUUGCUGGACGGGUGGACGUGCGGGUGGACAUCACUCACCAGAGGAUAUGCACUCGCCCAUUCUCUCCACGUACGGCCGCAUUCGAGCGCAUUCAAAUCUGGCCUUGGUCGGCGGAUCAGGAUUUGGCUCAGCAGACGACUUCUGGCCUUACCUGACCGGCGAUUGGAGCAAAGACAAAUUCGGCACCCAGCCCAUGCCCUUUGAUGGUGUCAUGUUCGGCUCGUGGAUCAUGGUAGCCAAGGAAGCUCACACUGCAGACCCUGUAAAGGAACUGAUUGUCAAAGCGCCUGGAUGCGGAGAUGAAGAGUGGGAGACCACUCACGGCAAAGACGGAAAGAGCGGAAUCAUCUCCGUGAGUGCCCACAGGUGCUGCAUUAGUGGGAUCAUCGCAACUCAUACACUAACGACAUUCGGACUUGUUCCCAUACCCUGCAGGUCGUGAGCGAGCUUGGAGAAAGGAUCCACGUUGUUCAGAACAGGUGUACUGACCUUUGGCGCGAACUUGACGAGAAACUAUUCUCACUAUAA